UCUGGUAUUUUAACAAAAGAGUAUGGACCGAAUGGUAAUCUGACAAAGUGUUACCCGGCAGGAAACCCUACGCCGCUCUCUCUCUAUAUAUACAUCUCCUAAACCCUAAUCGCUCUCUCAGUCCCGUUUCCGCAGCAGCCAAGAUGUCGAAGCGAGGGCGUGGAGGGUCCGCUGGAAACAAGUUUAGGAUGUCACUGGGUCUUCCAGUGGCAGCCACUGUGAACUGUGCCGAUAACACCGGAGCUAAGAAUCUUUACAUCAUUUCCGUGAAGGGGAUCAAGGGUCGUUUGAACCGGUUGCCAUCUGCUUGCGUUGGUGACAUGGUCAUGGCCACUGUCAAGAAGGGAAAGCCUGACCUCAGGAAGAAGGUCCUGCCUGCUGUCAUCGUGAGGCAGCGCAAGCCAUGGCGCCGAAAGGAUGGUGUUUUCAUGUACUUUGAAGAUAAUGCUGGUGUUAUUGUGAAUCCGAAGGGAGAAAUGAAAGGGUCUGCUAUUACUGGUCCGAUCGGAAAGGAGUGUGCUGAUCUCUGGCCUAGGAUUGCAAGUGCUGCUAAUGCCAUCGUCUGAAUGUUACUCUCUGGGCUUUUGAAUAGGACAGAUAUAUGAUGAGUUGUGGUUGUUUUUGUUAUUAGAAGGCAGGUUUUUCCUGAAAUUUGACUAAAUUUUGUUUCAUCUUGUUGAUGUGUUGUGCAAACUUAAAUGGAUGUUGUUUUGUUCUAGAUAUUACUGUUAUGCUUAAUUUUCGGAGUUUAGAAA